AUGGCUAUUACGAUAAGAUUGGCUAGAGUGGAAGAUCUUCAGGCUAUGCAAAAUGCAAAUUUGAACAAUCUUCCAGAAAACUACACACUGAAAUAUUAUCUCUACCACCUUCUAUCGUGGCCUCAGGCCUCCUUUGUCGCCACAACUACAGACCCGGAAUUGGUGGAUCAGGACGAUGAAUUUGCAGUGGAGACUCAGAAGCAAGACUCCCAGUAUGUGGGAAAAGGAGAGAAAGUGGUCGGCUAUGUGCUUGGCAAAAUGAAUGAUGAUGCGGACAGUACUGAUGACACCCCACAUGGUCAUGUCACCUCGUUGUCUGUGAUGAGAACAUAUAGACGAAUGGGAAUUGCAGACAAACUGAUGAGACAGUGCUUAUAUGCACUCUGCGAGACUUUUAAGGCCAGGUACGUUUCUUUACAUGUUAGGGAGUCUAACAGAGCUGCCUUGCAUUUAUACAAAGACACUCUUCAAUUCGAGGUGAUAAGCAUCGAGAAAUCUUACUACCAGGAUGGUGAGGAUGCAUACUAUAUGAAGAAGAAUCUACAUCUCGAUGAAUUACUUCCAAGUAAUUUUCAGAAAGCAAAACAAGUAGAUGAUUUAAAAUCAGACUUGCUCGAAGGUAUUACUACGGAAGGUGUCGAGGCUUUAUAA